AGUGUAUUACCCGCAAUGCACAUCAAACCUAGACGAUAGUUGCGCUAGAUUUGCACUAUCGGCUGCCUAGGAUAGAUUCAUGGGUGUGCUCCCUCAGUCCGCACACAGUUCAUGCAUUUAAAAUGUUCAACGUUUUCCAACACUAUAGCAAUUCGGUGACUGAAUCUGCGUUUGUUUGGGGAAAACUAAAAUCAAAAUAGAGUUGGCUGUAAGGUUGUUUACCUCUCAGUAGCUGGGUAAUUUUGGAGGGCAGAUUGCGUUUCUUCUCAGACCAACCCCUAACCCCCUCCUCCCUCACCAGACGCUCAGAUUUACUAGACUACGAAAACUUUGUUGGAUGUUUCAGGAGAAACAUUUCAGGACCAGAUGUUCAUUGUUUUUAACAAAUGUAUGUACAUUAAGUACGCUCAUUAACCGUGUUUUAUCAGUUUUGCAAAGGAGACUUUUUGUGUCGGUGAAUUGAAACAUUGCAUCUGAAGGAGCGCACUGAGCGGAGGCAGCGACCCAAGCAUUUUUGUUAUUCAUCUAAACUCCACAGGCACCUCUUUUCCAUUAAUUGGACUUCUGACAGGUGACAUGGAUCUCUCUCUGUUGGUGGCAUUCUGCUCCUGUAUUCCUCCUGCUUUGGGGUCAGGAUUUGGCAGGGAGAUGCCAGGGUCAUCUAUAGGCAGGGACAUGCCAGCAUCGACGAUGGUUGAAAAGGACUAUGACUCUGCAUUUCACUAUGACUAUGAAUCUCUGAGGAUCGGUGGACUGAUCUUCGCUGUGGUACUGUUUGUCAUGGGCAUUGUCCUAAUCGUCAGCCAGAAAUGCCAAUGCAAAUCAAGUCCGAAGUCACGGCCUUCUGGGGUACCUGAGGCAGAGGCAGGGGUUGUGACAGGUCCCCAGUGAUGUAAAGUCUCGCCACCAGGCGGCAGCAUUGGACAGUGGAGGACUAACUAUGGCUAUCUCCCAGAGAGCACAAGGCUCCUUUUUAAAAUUUCAUCCUGCUGAUAUGUUCUCUUGACAUGUUUUUUCUUUUCUCUUUUUUCUAUAUGAAUGAAUCUACUGCGACAGUAUUCUGAAGGCAUAAUUGGUUGAUGCAGUAGGGUAGGCUAUAAAACCUUCUGUCAUAUGUGAUAGACACCCAUGAACAAGCGAUUUUGUAAGUUAGAACUUGACUAUUUUAUGACUAUUUUAAAUUGUAAUAUUUCCACAUUGUUAAAUAAAGUGAUGUAGAUGGGUCA